GCUGACCAAACGACCAUUCGCCUUCCUGUUACUACCAUCAACCUCCCGUCGACCCUUCUCCUUCAAUCCACCAUGUCCGGCAUGGCCACCGAAGCAGACUCACCCGUCCCCUUCCCCCCCCACCACGACGACUCCGACGCAACCCCUCUGCUCGGGACAGCCCACCAAGAACCCCACCAACCCCUCCGCCUAAACCUCAUUCUCGGUUCCGCUCCAAUCGCACAAUUGGGCGCCUGGUUAUUCCUCCUCGUCGUGUGGUACGAGUUAUUGACGAACAAACUCCUCCUCGCAUCCCUCCACCCCCUCGGAAACUCCCUCCUCCUCCUCCUCCUCGUCAAUUCAAUCCUCCUCCUCCAGCCAACACACACGCCCGAACAAAAGAGGACCGGAACAUGGGGCCAUGCCACGCUUAAUGGAGCUGCGUUGGGUGUUGGUGUCGUCGCUGCUGUGGCGAUGAUUGUGCAUAAACAGAUCAAUACGGACCACCCGCAUUUCGAAUCGGUUCAUGCGAGGUUUGGGGUGGCUACGUACCUCUUGCUACUUGGACAAGCACUCGUGGGGGUCGUGCAAUAUUUCCUCCCGAACUUGAUCGGAGGGGUCGAUAACGGGAAGAAGCUCUACAAAUACCAUCGUGUGGGAGGGUAUGUUGUGCUUGGGAUGGUGUUGGUUACUGCGGUGCUUGGGACGCAGACGGAUUGGAUUAGGAGUUUGUGGGAUGUGAGGUGGGUUUGGAUCGUGGCUGUGGUGUUGAUUUUGGUUGGUAUUGUGCCUAGGAUUAAUCCUCACAAGUUUCAGUUUUUCUAG